AAAUAUGACGCCAACGCUGUGAAAGAUUUUACGGUUAAAAUUUAUCAAAUUAUUUUCAUGUAGUGUAAUACAGCUAUUUUUACGCUGUAUUUUCAACAUAUAACAAACAAUAAGUUAGAAUUUAGUGUUGAUUAUCAUUAUUGAAUUAAUUUUUUGUGAAAACACUUAGUUUUUUAUAAUAGUUUAUCAUAAAAAAAGGAGUAGUAUAAGGACACUCGGUGUUGAGAGUGUGUUGACCGGGACCGCCAUUUUUUAUUAUAUAUUUUUAUAUAUAGUAGCUUUAGAAAUAAGUGUAUUUGAGAUUUAUACACGUGAAAAGUAGUAUCUUAUAAAUAUAAAUAAUGGCUCGUAGCCGUAAGGAUAGUGGAGGUAAAAGUGAAUCGGAGGCAGCAGAUAAAGAUAAGCGUGAAAAAGGUCGUGAUAAGGAUCGUAAAAAACGCGCGGCAUCAUCUUCAAGCAGUGGUAGUAGCUCUUCAGAUAGCAGCUCAAAUUCAUCCAGCUCGAGUAGCGGAAGUAGUUCACGAUCAAGCUCAUCGUCAAGCAGCUCAUCCAGUAGUUCCGGCAGUUCCUCAGGAAGUUCAAGAGAGCGCACACGUAAACGUAGCCGUAGCAAAAGUGCAGAUGGUGCUCGUAGACAUGAUAAUAAAGAAAAAGAACGUGAGAGAGAGCGGGAACGUGAAAGAGAACGCGAACGUGAACGGGAUAAAGAUAAGGACAAAAAGAAAACUACUAAUUCUGUUCUUGACAAACCUAAACCUAAAGGACGGUCCAGAUCUCCGUCACCAAGAAGAUCAGUCUCACCAAGAAGAAAACGUCGUGAACGUUCACCAAUACCAAGACCAACGAAAAUUCACAUUGGACAUUUGACACGUAAUGUUACCAAGGACCAUAUUAUAGAAAUAUUUUCGACAUACGGCCAAAUAAAAAUGGUUGAUUUUUCAUUUGACAAAAUGCAUCCAAAUCACGGUCGUGGAUUCGCUUACGUCGAAUUUGAAACUGCGGACGAAGCUGAGAAUGCAAUGAAACACAUGGACGGCGGGCAAAUUGAUGGACAAGAGAUAACAGCCGCUCCUGUGUUAUUGCCUAAGCCAAGGAUAAUGCCCAUGCGUAGAAUGUCACCGCCUAUGAACAGACGUGGCCCUAUGAGAUGGGGUGGUGGAGGCGUGGGUGGUGGACGCAAUUCACCCCCGCGCUAUCGCAGACGUUCUCCGAUGAUGAAUCGCAGACGUAGUCCGCGUCCACCAAGACGUAGACAGAGAUCGCGUUCACGCAGCCCUGCUAAUAAUCCUCGACAUCGUCAUCGAAGAUACACACGAUCUAGUUCUAGCAGUUCACGAUAACAUAUUGAUUGAAAAUAAUUUAUGAUGUUAUUCUAAUAUGUGUGGUACAAAUAUCAUAUUCUAUUAAUUACGUCAUUCAAAUAAUUUUUUCUUUGUUAAAAACAAAAAUACGCGCAACAUCGUUAACUUACUGUCAAUUAAUCGAGUUAUAAAUGCAUUGUUUUUUUUUUUUUUUCUUAUUUAUAAUAAUGCAUUAAUACAAUUAAUUUGUGUAUUUUUAAUAAAACAUUUAAUUAGGCGUGCUUCAAAGAAAAAUAUUUUAUUCCCUAUAUUUAAUUUUAGUAUUAUCAAAUAAAUUAUCAAUAUUUAGGUUCUACUUUUAUCACAGCUUCAUAAACGAAUUUAUUUGUAUUAAUUAAUUUUACUAAAGACUGUAAGAAGUUUAACUAUUAAGAUCCAUAUUCUCAAAGUCAUUUGAGUUUGGUACUGUAAAUGUUUAAUAAAUUUCAAACUAAUUUGGAAAAACAUA